UCAGCUCUCGUCGUCUCUCUACCGCGCUCCCUGCAUUCCACCCUCUUCCGAUACUCAGGAUGGAUGCGCUCAUCCAGUUCACGACGUCUGGCUCGCUCGUUGACCUUGUCGACAAGAAGGUCCUCGUCAUGCUUCGCGACGGACGCAAGCUCAUUGGUGUGCUCCGUUCGUAUGAUCAGUUCGCCAACUUCCUCCUCGAAUCAACCGUCGAGCGGCUACACCUGGGCCAUGAGUUCGCGGAAGCCGACAUCGGCGUGCUCUUGAUCCGCGGCGAGAAUGUUGUUGCGCUGGGCGAGAUUGACUUGAUCCUUGAGGAUGAGGUGCCCCUCCGACAGAUCUCUGAAGAGGAGAUGAAGGCCAAGCUGAAGGAGUUCGAGCGCCGGCGAGAACGGGAUAACAGCAUUAAAGACCGGGUCAUGACUUCAAUCGGGUUCGUGUCCGACCGGCAUGAGGGCGACGCGUACUAG